AUGGCGACGGUGAUGCAGUGGUGCGGCGGAGUAGCGAGGAGGGCGAUGGUGGGUCAGAGAUCAGCGUUAUUUUCAACAUCAUCAGCACCAUUGGUAUCAAGUGGUGCAGCGAUGGCGCCGAUCCUUUGUGGAAGAGGGGACAAGAAAACGAAGAGAGGGAAAAGAUUUAAAGGAACGUAUGGAAACGCGAGGCCAAAGAAGGACAAGAAGAUAGAAAGAAUUAAAGAUAAAGUUGAGGUGCCCAGGGUCAGCAGAGCUGAUGACUUUCUGCAGAUUCAGACAUUCAGAGCUCAGCAGUAUUGGAAGUUCAAGCGGAGCACAAUCCAUCCUAACAAAGCUCAAGUGUUCUCACCCAAGAGACGUGGGUGA